UGUACGCGUGUGCUCGUUUAUCAUGAUCGUGUCGCUCUUUUGGUAAUACGUCUCAUCUUUCUCGAUCAACUCGAUUUGUUUUGUUUGACAAGCGCGAAAGAUGCGGAGCACGCGUGUCAUGUCUCGAUUCAAGGCCAGGGAGGACAUAUUGGCACGUGAACAGAACCCAUUAAAAAAUAGACCUCCCCGACCGAACGAAAUCGCGACGUUUAAAUCGACCAUAAGUUGCUUUACAAGUUCGCGUUAAUUAAGUGGCCGUCUCAUUCGUCCAGUGCAUUCGCCUAGCGAGUUUACGUUUGCGUGUGCUGCGUCACUCGAGCUUGCUUGUUGUUCCUUUUACGUUAUAUAAGGAACACGCUUUGCACGAAUGUGCCACCACCAUCUUUGUUGACGUAACGAAGCGCGAAAUUUAACUUAUUUCUGUCGCCGACGAAUACAACGCACACCACGAACACGAUCUCCAAAUCGUCUAAACUUUGAAUAUUCUUUGAUUUCUCUUGCUUUCUAUACAUUCGUUCAAAAUAGUUUCUGUGGAAGGCGACUAUCGAGAUAACGAAUUAAAUGAAAUUCUUACAUAACGUCUGGUUAUAAGUUACAUAUUCGUAUGUAUAUAUUAUUCUUUCAACGUUUCAAUAAAGCUCAGUCGUACGUCGCGUUCUUUCACCGAGAUGCAUAAUAAAAUUAUCAGUCGUCUAAUGAUCAUCUUUAACAAUAACCUCGUAUUCGCGACACGCUAUUACGCUAUGAACGUUUUAUAAUUUAAUCUGUCCUGUCCACUCAUUUAUCCAUUCACAGAACAUCCGACCAUGGCAUAUUUUCCUCCCGCUGGUCGGUUAAUACGCUUUAAGAUGUGACUUCCCAAGUAGCAUUGUCGAAUCACGUUUUCGAUACUGAUGUAACUCGUUUACCGACCAUAAACAUAUAUUUAUGUCGUGUCAAUUAAGAUUUCCCAUCGAUGUGAUUUAAACUUUGUUCGGACAAAAGAGAUUGCAUUUCCAAUGGGUCUUUCAUCGAGUACCGUCUCGUCUCGAGACCUAUUUUACACGAUAUCUUGUCCGCCUGAUAAAACGACACGAUCCAAGGCGUUAACAAAUGAAGAUCACAGGAAAAAACUUGAUAAGUUUCACGUUUAAACUGGCAAGCGAUCGUCGCAGGAUCGGGAUGGCGUGGCAACAAAGACCUUAUUCCUUCUGUUCGCGGAUCGACGUCGUACAAUUGCGUCUAACUCCGACAAUCGAUCCGACCGUGGCCCAACUUGACAGCAAUUUAAAAUCGCUUCUCCUCCUGUGAGCCGUACCAAGUGCACCGCCACAAACUAUCAUUCUCCCACGAGACGUUGUAGAUCUUCUUCCGCUUCUUUUACCAGGCGUUAUUAUGCGGACGCGUUGCUACGUCUAAUCAUAGAAUAAAAGAAUAAGUAGUCGAAUAAAGCUUGAAACACACGAAACAGACGAUUUAUCGGAAAAAAAAAGAACACCGAAGAUAUAGAAUUCGAAAAAAACAUCGAUGAAGAUGAACCGACGAAAAGUGAAAGCACCAUCUUUUCAGGAGAAAUGGCGAUCUCUUCGCCCAAAUGCGCCAAGGGCAGCGAAAUGGAAACGACGACAAGAAGUUGGAUAGCGAGACCGAUUUUAAACCACGACCUCAUUGCUGAUCUACCUCUUGAGCUUGUCUACGUGGGUUUACUUAAAAGGAAAGAGGACAUCUCGAUCGCGAUUAAGAGUAUCUCUUCCGUUCUGCCAGGUUUCCAUCAUCUGAAACGUUGCUCCUCAAACAAGUUGCUGUUGGCGCCGGUAGACUCUAGAAAAUUGUUAGCGGAAACGAAAGACUGCAAGGAAUCCAAGGAAGAAUUUACUUUGACUCAAGACAAACUGAAAAUGAUAUUAACGGAAAGAGGAUUUAACUUAUCCUUAUUGGAAGAUGACUUUCAUACAGCGAAAGUGCCAGCGAGAGCAGCCAAAACGAAAGCACAAGCUGCGCGGGCCUCGAGCAUUUGGCCUUUGAACUUUCAUCCAGAUCCUAACAUCGAACGACUGGUCGAUGGAUCGAUUUUCACGGAACAUCAAUUGGUUCUUAUAGAGAGGUACAUGAACGUUGUGGUAGAGGCAGCCAGAUUAGAAGCUGUCGGCGACUCGAAUUGUAACGGCAGCGCGGUGAUCGUUGACCCAGUGGAUGGAAGAAUCCUUGCGGUCGCAGCCUCGAAAAUCGAUCGGCAUCCAAUGUGGCACGCAGCUAUGUUGGCCGUAGAUCUCGUUGCCAGACUUCAAGGUGGAGGAGCUUGGAAAUUCGAGGAAAGAUUGGAACAGAAGGGUACCGAUGAUUCGGGAACUUCUGAAUCUUCCGCCAACAGAAACGCAGAAAAUAAAAUGACCAAGGAAAUGAGAAUCAAAAGGAAAUAUGUCGAAGAAGCUCCACUUUGCUAUCCGGAAACGCUAUCGAAAAUUAACCUUCCAAAGGAAGAAUGUCUGCAAUCUACUGAAAUUCGACGAGGACGUAGGAAUAACGGUUCAACGAAAACGAUGGAUUCUAGGACAGUCGAGCAGACUGAAGCAGCAGACACGAAAAAAUGUGGUCCUUAUUUAUGUACAGGAUACUGGACCUUCUUGUUAAAGGAGCCGUGUCCUCUUUGCGCUAUGGCACUCUUGCACUCUAGGGUUUUAAGAAUAUUCUACGGUGUCCCGAAUAGAAAUACAGGCGUGUUAGGGUCCAAGACGGUCUUACAUGCUGUACCAGGGUUGAAUCAUCGAUAUCAAGUUUGGAGUGGCGUUCUGGAACAAGAAUGUCGACAAGCGUUGCAAGAAAUCGAGCACAGAAAUAUGAAUUGACUCACACGGCGUAUUCGUAAUGAUUAAUGGCUAUUUUCUAGCAAGCUAUGAUUCGCGGAACCAUUUAACAUUGUCGCUCUGUUACAGACAUUUUGUAAGUUUGAAGAAUUAAAAACAUUGAAGGAAA